GAGCCAGUAAAGGUGAAGAUUUGUUGGAGGAAUCGGAUAUAGUCAUCAACAUGAAUCAAAGUGAAUCUGGCAACAUACGUAAGUUGGGCCACGAUUUGCGGGAUCAACUUCGUGGGUUCAUGACAAGGUUGGAAGGAAAGCGAGUAACAAUUGACGAUGCCGUAGAAUUAUACUCAAUGUUAGAUAAGUCUUAUGAAUGGGCCCUUGGAGGUAUGAAAUUUGUUGCUAUGCUUGGAAUCGAAGACCUUAAUUCAUGUGAAAAAUGUAUUGGACAGGAGAAAAAAAUUGAUGAUUACUUGGAGAGUCACCCACCGAUCACAGAGGAACAAUUUGAAAGAAUGCGAGAACUUUCUAAACGUCUACGCAAACAGAAAUGUCUACAACAGUGUGAGUUCGCAGAAAAACGAUGCGGAGAAUCAAAUUCCUUAAUUCAUAAAAAAUUAUUACAUCUUCAGGAGGCUAAGGAAAAAUUAAAAUUAAAAGAAAAUGAAAAAUAUGCAUUAACAAGGACACAACGGCAAGAAAGUACUCCAAAUGAGAAAAUGGUACGGUUUACUAAGAACUCGGAACAGUCGGAAUCAUCUUCUAGUACUAAUAGCGAUGGAGAAUUAUUUAGGCGGACUCAAAUAAAACCUAGUGCAACUCCUCCGAAACACAGAGACUCAUUUCAUAGCAAUGUGUCGGAAGACUCAGGUAUAUCAUUAGGUGAUAAGAAUAAUGAUAGGACUUUAAAUAUAAACCAAGAAAGAACAGAUGAGGUAAUUAAUAAAACAGUGAAUGAAAUUACUAAUUGUUCAAUGUCAGGAGAAACAAUCGAAGAAGAAAAAUGUGAAACUCUUUCAGUUGGUGAUGAUAAAGUCGACGAAGGUUACGUUGAAAAGGAGACAGAGGAUGAAAUUGAAGCGGCUAAAUCGGAAGAUUCUAGAAGUCAGAAGCUUGCAGUACAAGCAGUUGGGACAGAAUCUAGUUCAUCGAAGGAGGGUAGUGAUCGAAUUGCAGAGGUAGAAGAAGAGGAGGAGGAUGGUUCAAAUUCACCCGAACAGCAAUGGCUGCCACAUUCAGCCAACCGCCAUCUCAGGAACUCAAUAGUAGAAAGCCCUCUGAAAUCAGUACGAUUAAAAUCACAGCUUAGUGACACCGACUUUCAGGAUCGUAAGAAGAUGCUAAUGAUCAUUGACGAGAUCAUCCAGACAGAGGAGGACUACGUGAGGGCGCUACGGUACAUCAUACAGAAUUAUUUUCCUGAAAUGGACCGUGAUGAUGUUCCGCAAGGCCUGCGAGGUCAAAGAACCAUGGUGUUUGGAAACAUUGAGAAGAUAUACGAUUUCCAUCAACAUUCAUUCCUGAACGAUUUGCUCAACUGCGAAGACGCACCCAUGGAAUUGUGCCAGUGUUUUGAACGCCAUACCAAGGAUUUUGGAUUAUAUGCCCUGUACAACAAAAACAAGCCACGCUCAGAUGAGUUGCUAGCAGAGUAUGGUUAUUUCUUCAAGUCAAAACAACUUGAAUUAGGUGAUAAGAUGGACGUUGCGAGUUAUCUACUAAAGCCGGUGCAGCGUAUGGGGAAGUACGCACUGUUACUACGGGAUUUAAUCAAGGAAUGUGGGGACAAAGAUCAAGAAUUACUCACGUACCUCAAGAACACGGAAUUAAUGGUGAAAUUUCAGCUUCGUCAUGGCAACGAUUUGCUAGCAAUGGACGCAAUCAGAGAUUCAGAUAUAACUUUGCAUGAACAAGGUCAGUUAAUUCGUCAAGAAGAAUUCCUCGUUUACCGAGGCAAGAAGAAGUGUUGGCGCCACAUCUUUCUCUUUGAGGACACGGUUGUUUUCACCAAAACACGACAAGCUGGGAAAGGACAUGAUUUCUACCAAUACAAGUCAAGCCUCAAGACUACUGAUAUUGGAAUUACAGAAAAUGUUGGUGAAAGCGGACUUAAAUUUGAGAUUUGGUUUAGAAGAAUGAAACACCGAGACAAACGUUAUACUCUGCAUGCGCCCUCGAUUAUCGUGAAAAAAGAUUGGGUAAACGAGAUCACACAAUUGCUAUGGAGACAAGCAAUGAAGAGCAAAGAAUCCCGUCUUUCUGAAUUGUCCUACAUGGGAAUCGGUAGCAAACCUUGCAUUGAUAUUAAACCAAACGAAGACCAGAUAAAUGACCGUGCAAUCGAAUUUAAAAACCGGGGGAGUCGUACAAGAAAUUCCAUCUCAGUUGCUUCAUUCGACCAUGUAUCUAGACAGCGACCAUUCUCCGUGAUGUCCAACGGAAGCAGCGGAUCCAGCACAACCAAUAAUAGUUCCGUGAUCAGUUCCCUCAUGCUGGAGACGCACUACGAGAGCGUUGCUGAGAUUUCAGACUUCCCAAGUCUGGUUAAAUGCCAUCCAAACCAACAGUCCAACUCUGGUGGAGCUUCACUGACCAAGAGCAGCUCAGAUGAGAGCAUGUUUGGCAGUAACCGUCGUGGUGAUGACUCCGUAUCCAGUAGUUCCUCUGUUGCUAGUAGCAACUCCUCACAUGUUUCCAGAAAGUCCUACAAACAGUGAGCCGCCAAAGAAUACGGAAGAAGCGAUAUGACGAUGACAGUUGAGUUGAUUCUUAUUAUUGCAUCACAUGAAGGCCGUAUGAUGUUGGAUAUUAUAUUUGGUGCUAUGGUAAUCGGGUGUUAGCCUUGCAACAUACAGCCCUGUAGUUUGUUACACCUGACUGAUAAAAGUUAGAGGUCAAACAAGUGUACAUUGGAAUGGGGUUAAUUACUUCCUUUUUGCUAGUUAAAUUGAAAAACGAAACUGACAAAAUAACCCAUGUAUAUAUACACAUGACAUUAUUUAUAAGUAUGAUAUUAUAGUUAUCCACUAUAGUUAUCCAAUGUUAUUGUAAUUUUCUGUGUUUUAAUACAUUGUGAUGUGAGUUUAGUCAUUUCUGUUAUAAACAAAAUAUAUAUAUUACUCAGUGUAGUAGCAACAGUUAAACAUUGAGUUUUAUAACAUUGAGGACAAUUUUUAUACAGUUUUUUGAUGAUGUAAUUAGAUGUUUUAAUGGGGUUACAUGGCACUUGAAAUAUGGAAGACUGUAUAUUUACUUUAAAAUGAUGGCACACGAUAUCUUACCUAAUUUUCUUUAGCUUCAUUGACCUGUAUUUUUUAUCGCCGCAUUA